AAACGCUUUACCUCCUACGUCCCACCCAACCUGCAAUGUACCUAUUUUCCGCUUUAGAAAUGAUGCUAAUGUUUACGAAACCUUUCUGCGUGAACGCGUUCCUGGUUGACUUAGUUUGGCAGGCAGUACGUUUGGGGGCAACUCGCUGCCGCUGCCUUUAGCCGCUGGAUGUCAUUAGGUUAAUAACUUUGCCCAACCUAUAUCUAUCCGAAGGGGAUGGGGACCAGAGGGCCUCGCAGCGUUGUGGCAUCCGGAGUGGUCGUGCCUGAAUGGGCUGUCGUCACAGGAGCUAGCACAAUUGCUGAUACUGUUUCUGUCGGAGUCCCAGCUGGCGCCAUAAACGCUCAGGGCUCCCAGGAGGACUCGGUCGGACAGGUCAGCUCGCCGUUUCCUAGUCGGCCAAACAGCAAUGCCAAGAGCGGAAGGCCGUCCGCAGUUAGGAACCCGCCUCAUUUACCUACUGAUUCCGCGAGCGGUGCUCGGCAAGGCGGCAGUGCUAAGGGUGUUGACCCCCAUUCUUCGGAUAAGGGUGUCGCAGCUCCAUCCCAUAAGAACAGCUGCGAGGUCAAAACUAUCAGGGCAACAGGGACUGGAGGCGGCAACAGCCCGUUGAGCUCGCUGCGCCAGCACUCGUACAAGUCCGCCAUUCCUGAAAUGCCCGUCGCCUGGCAGUAUGCGGCCGGUAUCAAGAGCUCAAGCACGCUAUCGAGCACAGAUUCCAGCUGCUGUGGCCUUGUGCGCAGCCGCGACGGCACCAGCUUGGGCCGUGUGCCGCUAUGCACAUUGGCAUGGUGGCGUGCGCUUGCUCAUGGCUUCGGUUUGGAGCUCAAGAAAGUGGGAGAGGUCGUUCGCAGCCGACCCGUGGUUCUGCUGCCUGGCUUGGUGGUGCUGGGUGUGGUGCUGGGCCUGGGCCUGUGGGCGCUGGUGGCGGCAUCGGACUCGGAGACACGCUUUCGACAUGAGUCAGCGCUCAAGAUUGCGCAGGACAAGGCCAUGUACAUUCAGACGGAGCUCGACAAAACCUUCAUGCCGGCCUACGUGGUCUCGGCAACCGUACAACAGAACCCCGAGUACUACCCGACCCAGCCCUCCAACUUACGGCAGCUCUACCCCAAUGCCUGGUACCUCAUGAAUUCCAACUUCGACAAAAUGUCUAAAGACCUUAUCGCGCUAGUUCAGGCGGGUUCCGUGCGAACGGUGUCUUCCAUUCCCCACGGCGUCAUCCGUACCAUGUACCCGCUGAAUGGCACCACCACGGCCGACGACCGUAACUGGGGAGCCAUUGGAAAGAACUGGCUGAAUGACGCCGUUAACGCGGCGUUCGUUAAGCUCUCGUUGUCAUCGCGCAACUUGACCAUCAUCGGGCCGUACAACUUGACCCAGGGUGGAAUUGGAAUCGUCGGCAUGCAAGCCAUCUUCGUGCCGGGCACGCAGAACGACACUUUUGGUAUCCCGCCCGGCCCCGACAACGUGAGCGGCCCCACCUCCUCCAUCCCCGGCAUGAUGAACCUCACCUGGCAGCCCAGCUACGCAGAGGCACCCAAGUUCUGGGGCCUGUGUACGGUGCUGAUCAGCUGGGACGCGCUGCGAGACAAUGUGACGCACCUGCAGGACCUGGAGUCGCAGGGCUACAGCUACGUCCUCACGCGCCCCCAAACCAACGGCACCGACCUCGCAGUGGACUGGUCCAGCGACAUUGACCCGCCGCGGCCGCCCGGCUUCAACGAAACCAUCGCCGGCAAGCGCCCGCUCAUCUACUACGACCUCCCUGCCGUACUGCAGGAGCCGGUAGUGGUCAGUGUCGUACUGCCGAACGUGAAGUGGACGUUGUAUGUUGGCCGUACGGAUGGCUGGGUGCCCUCCUGGCGUGCGCCGCUGAUUGUCAUGGUGGUCAUUGUGUCACUCAUCUUGUCGCUGCUGGUGUUUGCCGUACUGGUGUCAAGGGUGCAGCAGCGGCGGCUCUUCCGGGACGUGGUGGAGGCCGCUGGGCAGCUGGCCAACACCAGUCGUACACUUGAGGAGGAGAAGAACCGCAUGCAGGCGCUGCUGGCUCGGCACUACGACCUGAUCGACCUGCUGGAGGGCGGCGGCGGCGCAAUCGCUGCCUCGAUUGCUGGCGGCGGCGGUGGCGGUGCUGGUGGCGGCGAUGACGGCGGCGGAACGCGGCUGGACAUUCUGCGUCAAAAGAUGUUGCUGACGGGGACGAGUGUUCGGCGGGAGCAGUUGGGAGAGGCAGAGCAGAUUACAAUCCUGGAGAAGCUUGGAGAGGGAACCUUUGGCAAGGUCUAUCGAGGCCUGUGGCGUGGUACGGAGGUUGCGAUCAAGACCAUCGUGCUGCCCGCCAACAUGAGCGGCAAGGAGAAGCGCGAGAAGAUGGCGGUGAUGGAGGCGGCCAUCAGCAGCAGCCUGGCGCACCCGAACAUCGUGCAGACCUACACCUACCACAUCCGGCCCCUCCGCGACUCCUCAGCUGCCCAAAUGCCAGCUGCCGUACAGCAGCAGCAACAGCACCUCCUUCCUCCCACAACUCCCGGCUCCUCCCACAUGCCCUCGUCCCGGGCGGGAGGCGGUACGGCGGGAGGUACGACAGCAGGCGAUACGGCAGGGGGCGGAGGUACCACUGCAGCAGCAGGAGGACCAGCAGCAGGAGGAGGCAGCAGCAGCGCUGUGGCGCCGGCAGCGGUGCUUGCGGCUGGUGCUGGCGGCGGCAAGGGCGUUGUUGGCGCAAUCGGGGCGACGGGCACGACACAGAUGCUUGCGGGUCAGGGUGCCAUCAUCGUUGGCAGCCCGGACUCGUCCAUCUCAAUCACCGCGACCACAUCUGCCUCGGCCGCGGCAGCAGCAACAACAGCAGUCAACAGCGCCGGCAACAACGCCACGGCUUCUAACAACAACAACAACAAUAACAACAGCAACAACAAGAGCAACGGCAGCAAUGGCACUCCGCCUUCGGCUGCAGGAACCGGCAGCGGUGGCGGCGCAGGCAGCGGCGGUGGUGGUGCCCCUCCUGCCAAAUCAGGCGGGAAGUCCCCCACGCCGCCCACCUCGCAGCCGCAGCAGCUGUCUCAGCCGCCGCCUUCCAACCGGGGAGUCUCCAUGGACCAGCCAGCGGGGGCGACCGGGAGCAUCCACAGCUACGAGGUGCAGCUGGUGCUGGAGUUUUGCGACAAGGGCUGCUUGCGAGAAGCGUUGGACGCGGGAGCGUUCUUCUCGCAGCAAGGCCUCAACUACCCGGCCAUCCUGGACACCGCUGCUGACGUGGCCAAGGCCAUGCUGCACCUGCACUGCAACGAUGUGCUGCACAGCGACCUCAAGGCUACCAAUGUGAUGCUCAAGAGCGCGGGAUCCGAGACCGGCCGCGGAGUGGUGGCAAAGGUUGCCGACUUUGGCCUGUCUGUCCGUCUGGACCAUACCGCCACUCAUGUGUCGCACACCUUCCAGGGCUCGCUGACGCACAUGGCGCCCGAGGUGAUGCUGGAGGGACACAUCAGCAGGGCGGCGGACGUGUUUGCGUUCGGCAUCACGAUGUGGGAGAUCUUCACCAGCGGCCACCCCUACCGAGGCACCCCCGGCGCCCUGCUGGGCCACCAGACCUCGCGCGAGGGCCGGCGCCCCGUCUUCCCGCCCGGCACCCCGCUGGACUACCGGCAGCUGGCGGAGCGGUGCUGGGCGGCGGAGGCGAGCAAGAGGCCUACCUUCACUGAGAUCCUGGAAUCCCUCACCCGCAUGCGUGCCGACAUACCCGGGCCCACACCGCCGCUGCAGCCCGUCGCACCGCUCCACAAGAAGAUGCAAGCAGCCCUGCAGCAGCAACAGCAGCAGCAGCAAGCCGGGGGGCAGCAGCAGGGGAUGCUGCAAGGCAUGCAGCAGCCGCAGCAGCAGGUCGCCGGGCAGGCUGGAGGGGUGGCAUGCAGUGACGACGCGCUGAGCGGCCUUAACGGCAUCAUCAUUGGCACCGGCAGCGUUGCCGCGUCCACUGAUGGCGUUGGCAGCGGGAUCAACGGCUUGAUGUACGGCAAUGGCGGCGGCGGUGGCAGCAGUACGGCAAAUGCAUCCACGGGGACCUCCAUGGGGGGCGGUGCGGUGGUGCCGCUGCCGAAGCUGCAGGGGGGCCCGGCGUCCAUCCAAGUGGGCUCCCGCUUCCUCAGCCUCUCCGCCGCCAUGCACUCUGCGGACGCGCACAGCCUGCGCGGCUCGGGCGCCGCGGCCGCCUCCUCCGCCUCGCUGGGUGGCCUGAACAGCCUGGGCAGCCUGGGGCUGGGGCUGGGCGGCAUUCCGGGGGUGCUGGAAACCAUCGUGGAGGAAGCGGCGACGUCCACACAUACUGCGACAGAUAACACGGUGUCAAACAAUAACACGGCGGCCACGACGACGAUGACGGCGGCGAUAACAGCGUCCGCGUCGGCGGGUACGACAAUGGUGACGGCGGCGUCGGCGGCGGUGUUGGAAGGGUCGGCGGAGGCGGCGCAAGCGUCGUCAUGUGGGCCGGUGACGGCGCCGGCGCCGAUGGUGAUGAUGACUGCUGCGGCGGUGGAGGGCGGCGGGAAGGGCGGGCAGGAUGUGGCGGAGGUGCGGAGGGAGAGGGGCGAGUGAGGGGCAGGUGGUGGCUAGGUUCGGAGGUCCGCAUGUUGGGGCAAGGCCCUGAGCGAGAGGAGUCGUUGCUGGGUUGUGCUGGGUCGGGUUUGUCGGCCGUUUACGACAGAAAGGGGUGACGGUGGUGGGGGUGGUGACAGUGUUGUUCGGGGAUGGGGCUUAUGAGGGUUGCGAAGGAGAGGCGGCGUUUGUAGGUGGCAUUGAUUGCGGCAUUUGUGUGUGUGCGUUGACAUGUGUUUGCGGGCGCGUGUGUGCGUGCGCGUGCGCUUGUCCAUGUUGCAUGUUUGGGGAAGAUAAGAAGCGGGAGGGAUGCGGCGUCCUGAAGUUUGGGGGCACCAAUUUGGGUACGACGGGUGUUGGGGUGCUGUGCGGCGAGGUGGGCUAAGCGGGGAUGAAGUGCUUGGAAAUGGAUAAUGGGAGGGAGAAUAUCUUACGGUUGGGUAGUACAAAGCAAAAAUGGAGAGCGAGGAGGGGCCCUCGAAGUAAGCUAAUAGUAAGAGGUGAGAGAAAAAGGUGAGAGAGGUUGUUUUGCGAUUCAUGGUGUAGGAGUGUGUGGACUGUGGUGGGUAAGGUGGUGGGUAAUAUAGUAGCAGUAGCUUUGAGGUUGGGAACGAAGGGGGCUUGUUGGUAGGGUCGGAAUGGUCCGAUGCCACUCGUCCUGUCGUUCUUCAGGCAUCAAAGGUUGUUACCAUUUUGGCUGAAGAUAUUGUAUAUGACGAUUACAAGAAAGCAAUGCCAAGCGAUGCCGCGAAAUGCCGGUUAUGCCGGUUACCUAACCGGUGUAGCCGGCGUUAUCUAAAUGUGCCAAGAAUACGUUUUUCCAAACGGCCGCCUGCGAUGGCUUCGAAACCACCAUGCUCGCAUCGCGCAAACCGCUCACAUGCGCACAGCGGUUGCUGCUUGCUGUAGCCGCUAGCUAGGGUUUUGUCGGUUAGGUCGUGUCAGCCCUCCUCUUCAGACCUCAGGGUGCGUCCUGCGUCGUAAUGGGUCGGGUAUUGUUUGGGGCUGUGUGUUGUGGCUUUCUUGAAAAAUAUUUCAGCUGGCAGCGUUUUUCACGGCGAGCAAUGGUGGUAGUACGGCACGCACGAACGCGUCUCGUACGGAUUGGCCUUCAUACAUUCCCUUGAUGAUUUGUGUUCUGGCAAUGCUGCGGAUGCGGCUGAUGGUGCUCAUCGCUGCAGGUUUAGGUUUUGAUGCUACCUUGCUACAUGCUAGUAAUUUUGCAACCAGGACUGUAGCUAUCGAAUUGUCAGAAUCAUGCGUGCCUGUAAGGAGCAGGAGGUUAUGUUUUCGGCUGCCAGGCCUUUUCAACCCUGUCCGACUCGGCGUGUCACUUUAAUGGGUCAAUUGUUUUGCUCUGCGUCACCGACGAUCACCGUCAUUGCUUUCAAUUAUCGUCAUUAUCUUUCGGGGAGGCAGCAGGCGCCCUUGGGGGAGUGAGAGAGGAUUGAGAGAUGAGUCAUGAGUUUUGGCAAUUUUGGUGAGAUGGAGAAGCACUUUGAGGAAGGGGCUUAUAAACUGAAUGUUAUUGGCGCCGGUAGUUUAUG